AAUAUAGUUGUAGUGUGAACUCAAAUAAUGACGGCGAAGCCACUAAACCCAAAAUCAACCUAAUUUCAAGAACCAAAAUUUCCAUAUCCAAUUUUUACUCCCAAUUCCUCUUCAAUAUUUCACUCCCCACUUCUACGUUUUUAACGGGAAGGGGAUGGGGUUGUGAUUUGUAAUUGAAGAAGGGGUGAGGAGGGAGGACACGGCCACAAUGCGGUGGUUUCCGUUGAGUACAACUUCAAACUCGGAACAAGAACGGGGUAGAGAGAAUAAUACUGCUCGUACUUCGGUGUAUCUCAAUGUAUAUGAUCUUACUCCCAUAAACAAUUAUCUUUAUAUGCUUGGCCUUGGAAUAUUUCAUUCGGGUAUACAAGUGCAUGAUAUUGAAUAUGGUUUUGGAGCACAUGAAUAUCCAAGUAGUGGUGUGUUUGAAGUGGAGCCUAGAAGCUGCCCAGGCUUCAUCUUCAGACGAUCAGUUUUGUUGGGAAGCACUGAUAUGUCUAAUUCAGAAUUUCGAUCUUUCAUAGAGCGCCUUUCAGCAAAAUAUCAUGGAGACACUUAUCAUCUUAUUGCAAAAAACUGCAACCAUUUUACAGAUGAAGUUUGCCAGCAUCUAACGGGAAGUCCUAUUCCCGGAUGGGUAAAUCGAAUGGCUCGUGUAGGUUCUUUCUGCAAUUGUCUUCUGCCAGAAAGCCUCCAGGCUGCCGCAGUUAGACAUCAUCCAGAACGUCUUACAUUUUCUGGUAAGAUGCUAGGAUUAUAAUGGUCCAAAUUGAUUCGCAUUUUAUGGUUUUCUAAAAGCUAAAGUUAGCUUAUAUAUUAGUUAUAAACAAAAACUUGGAGAAGUUAUGCGAGAACAUAAAUUAACUUACUUUCUAAUUAAAAUAUAUGACAGUUUCUACAAAUUAGUUUAUGCUUACCUUGUGUUUGGAUGAGGUAAUUCAAGAGAAUAAUUCAUUUAUUUGGUGAAUUUAAAACUCCUUGGACUAAAUUUCAAUUUUAGCUUAUGAAGAAGGUGAUUUCAAUUUUGUUUUCCUAGAAGUACUUAUGAAGAAACUAGUCCAAAUAGAUCCUAUGUUUCAUUUCAUCUUGUUUUAUUGGCUAUCCAUGAAAGAGUAUCUGUUACACAUGGGCGCACAGAAAGCAUAAGCGUGGCCCGAAGAACCUUAAGGACUGCAGGGCAAUUGCCCCGACAAGAUCUUUUUUUACUUGAACAUAUUUAAUAAUUUUUUUGCCCCAAAUAAAAGAAUAGGUGUUUCUCCCAUGAGAUAUUUUUUUAAAUAAAUGUAGAAAUGAAAAGAAAUAAAAGAGAAUAAAUUGAUGCUAAUUUUAUUGCUUAAUAAUAUUGUUGCUGCUUGCUGCUAUUCCUUGGGGAAAAAAUUAUCAUUCCUCAUCUCUAUUUUGCAUAUUUCCUUUUCGCUGGAGACUAGUCUCUCAAUAUUUUAAUAAUAUUGACAAUAAAAUCGUACAAUAUUCUCAAGAUAUGGAAGUAUGUAGAGGGCAAUUAUAAUUUU